CGCACGCGCCCCCACCUUUUCGUCUCUUCCCCUUCCUCUCUCUCCACUCGCCGCCCCGGCACACACCACCUGUCGCCGCUCCCCGCCUCCACUCCCGAGGCCUAGGGCUCCCGGCCACGCUCCCCGCAUUCCCGAUCUCUCGCCGCCGUCCUUGCUGCCUAGCCCUCCCGUGUCGGGGUCUGAUUGGUUCGGUGCUGGUGGUGGGGCGAGAUGGUGUCGGGUGGGUGCGUGGUGGCGGAGGGGGACGGGGAUCCAGCGGCGUCGGCGGGGGAGGAGGAGGUGGCUCCGGGGCCUGCGAGGGAGCUGGUGGUAGGGUACGCGCUGACGUCCAAGAAGGCCAAGAGCUUCCUCCAGCCCAAGCUCCGGGGACUCGCCAGGAGAAAAGGCAUUCUAUUUGUUGCUAUUGAUCAAAAACGUCCACUGUCAGAUCAAGGCCCGUUUGACAUUGUUCUGCAUAAGUUGACUGGAAAGGGAUGGCAUCAAUUGCUGGAGGAAUAUAAGGAGACACACCCAGAAGUUACUGUCCUUGAUCCACCUGGUGCAAUAGCACAUUUGCUCGAUCGCCAGUCUAUGCUUCAAGAAGUUUCUGAGUUGGACCUCUCCGAGUGUUAUGGUAAAGUUGGUGUUCCUAAGCAACUGUUUGUUAAUACAGAUCCCUCGUCAAUACCAGCUGCAGUGACGAGGGCUGGGCUAUCUCUUCCAUUAGUGGCAAAACCCUUGGUGGCUAAGUCCCAUGAGCUAUCGCUUGCUUAUGAUCCAACUUCCUUGACCAAGCUUGAGCCCCCCUUGGUUCUUCAGGAAUUUGUCAACCAUGGUGGCGUCAUGUUUAAAGUCUACAUUGUUGGGGAUGCAAUAAGGGUUGUACGUCGGUUUUCACUUCCUAAUGUUGAUGAAGGUGAUCUAUCAAAUAAUGCUGGGGUAUUUCGGUUUCCAAGGGUCUCUUGUGCUGCAGCCAAUGCAGAUGAUGCAGAUCUUGACCCUUGUGUUGCUGAACUUCCUCCAAGACCAUUGCUUGAGAUAUUGGCACGAGAGUUGCGCCAACGACUGGGUCUUAGAUUAUUCAACAUUGAUAUGAUCAGGGAGCAUGGAACAAGAGAUCGGUUUUAUGUCAUAGACAUGAACUAUUUUCCUGGGUAUGGUAAAAUGCCUGGGUACGAACACGUGUUCACCGACUUUCUGCUGAGUCUAACUCAGAAAGAGUACAAACGACGACCAAGCUAUAGCUCAGGCGAAGGGUGAGAAGGCUGUGCGCCCAGGCCCCCCGUGUUGAUAUGUCUGUCAUCCGCUGUGCGUACAGAUGUGCUUGCCACGGAGAUGAUCGAUGGUAGAAUUGGCCAUAAGUAGCGAUAAAGCAGCGAGGCCUGUGUCAAGCUGUAAAUUAUUGGUUCACAUUUGCUAACUGUUCAUGGUCCAGAAUAAUUCUGUUUUGCCGAGUGAUGAAAUUAAGCAAUCGCUUGUUGAGCAA